AGGGAGAAACCUCGGACAGACCCAGGCUCUUGGUAGGAGGUGUCAGAAUCUCUUGUCCAUGAGUUCUACCUAAUAUCUCAGUCAUUUUUCUUUGGAAGCAGCGAAGAAGCAGGACACCCAGCAGAUCACUCCUCAUUUAUAAACCCUAUAUAGGAAAGUUCUCAACUUUAUUUCAUAUAUCUGCACUGAGAAGAUGAGGAUGCAUCUCCUGUUCUGCAUCCUCUGUGUGAUGGCUCCUCUUGGCAACAGUCAGUGUCCAUGUCUUCCUGGUCCCAAAGGUGAGAGAGGGCUCCCUGGGCUCCAUGGGCUAGAUGGGCCAGUUGGGCGACCAGGGAGAGAUGGUUUGCCUGGACUACAAGGAAGUCCUGGAAGUCCUGGAAGACCUGGAACUCCUGGAAGUCCUGGAACUCCUGGAAGUCCUGGAAAGCCAGGAAGGCCAGGAUAUCCUGGACCUCAUGUAUUGUGUGAUCAAGAUGCUGCUGGUUCCAGUUGCCUGGACCUCAAACCGGUAAAGGAGAGCCUUGCUAAAGUAGAGCUUGCCAUGAACUAUGACUUUGUCCGAAGAGUUGGUCAGAAAUACUUUGUGUCCUACAAGAAGAGAGACUCUUUCUCUACGGCCGUCGAGUUCUGCUCCCAACGAGGCUUAGAGCUGGCUUUGCCCCAGAACGAGGACGAGAACAACAUACUCACUCAGUUCUUUGGGGACGUUUACAAAACGGCCUGGAUCAACGUCAACAAUAACAAAGCUGAGGGGAAUUUUGAGACCGAUAUGAAAAACCGACCUCUGACCUUUACCAAAUGGGGAGAAGGGCAGCCAGACAAAUCCAUCCAGGAUCCAGGCUGCACCAUGCUGUCAGAAAACGCAGUCUGGAGAGUGACACACGAAUGUUUCCUGAAUGCUUACAUCAUUUGUCAGUUAUAGAAAGUUGUUGUAUGCUUGCAAGUCAUGUUUUAAUGUUGCUUUAAAGAAAUGUACAGUCUCUUAUAAUAUCCAGAGAAUCAAAAAUAAUGACCUUAACCUUAUAUUUCUUUCUUUUCUAUCUUUACCUUCCUCAUUUUGAUAAAACUUCUUCAAGGUCAGGUUUAGGAACAAUAACUCGAUGUAAUCAUUUCCCACCACCAUCCUUGUGAUGUAUCUUAAUCCCUCCUUAAAAUAGCCACUUGAUUGCAUCAGCAAUGUGGCAUUAUUAUUCUUAUAACAUAAUAACAUAUUCCUCUACUAAAACGAAUUUAAGCAAAUGAUUAUACUAAUACUUUACAUGGCUAUGUAAAGUGUGUAAGAUCUUUUCAAAUGGGGUGUUUUAAAAGCGACGUAAUAAAGCAUACAGCAGUGA